ACGCUUUUGAACCUAGACGAGACGUUCAUGCCGUUGGUUUUUUUCUCAUCCCAAAACGAGCUCGCGGCGUCGACUUUUCAGUUUCACCCAGCUUUUCGUGGGCGUAGAGCGGAAAUAUCAAGAGGUAGAAGGCGUAGAAAGCCGGUAGCAUGUAUUCUACGUUAGAACAUCAGCCGAGUUUAAACUGCGCAGACAAACGGCCUCGACUGGACGGUCUACCACUGACUCACGAACCCCGUGUUUGGCCUUACAGCCCGAGACCAGAAAUGUACCCGUAUCAAAUCGAUGCAAGCGAUCACAGCAAGUCGAACUCAAGGUUAGACCCAGCUCUUGCCUACCCCGUUCCUCUAAGACCGAGUGUCUUUCAACACGCUCGCUUCAUCGACAAAAUGCAGCCAAGUGUGGCCAGAGUGAAACAAGAAAAGUUCGAAGGUGGCUACCAAGAGGAACCGUUGAGUGAAGCUGAUCCAAGGCGAUGGAGUCGAGAGGAUGUCACUCGGUGGCUCCAGUGGACGUCCGAGGCCUUCAAUCUUGGGAGCGUCCGACCAGACAGAUUCCAAAUGAACGGCAAAGCUCUCUGUCUCAUGACGAUGGACAUGUUCCUCUACAGAGUCCCAGAGGGCGGUAACAUCCUGUAUCAGGACUUUCAGAGAAGACUCAGAAACGCGGUAGCCAUGCAGACUUAGCUCAUACGUUCUGACUACUUCGGUUUGCAGACAAAAGUGAGUUCAACUGGCUCUGACUUGGAAUUUGGUGUCCGCUGCAUGAACUGGGCCACACGCAUGGGGUUGGAAGAUAAAAACGUUGAGAGACUGAUAUCAUGGGGAUGUGUCGUUGCACGAGAGUGUUGCCAAGGAGGCCGUUAAGAUGGAAACACUACAUACAAGACAGUCUUUGCUUCUCCACAAGUUCGGAAUCCGUUUGCUUGUGUAUCGCAAGUUUGGAACUUUCAGUUAUAUGUGGAGAAUGUUCUAGAUAAUUAUGUUUAUUUUUUAACGAGGUGGAAAGCUCUUUUCUUUGGAGAAAAAAAAUCGACUGCUGAGGGAUUACUGAAUUUCGACGAAAUAUGCUUAGAAUCAGCCUAGAACAAGAGAUUUUUAUAGAAGGCCUUAGUAACUUGGAUUAACAUUGUAGCCGCUUGUAAUAUUUGUAUAAAAAGAAGAUUAACUCCGACAUGAGUAUUUUAAAUGGAUGAAAACUGUGAUUCCUUUCAUGUAAAUAGUUCAUAGAGAUGCUAUAAAAACACACAAGCUAUGCAAUCUGAACAUACCAAGUUUACAUUUUCAAACAAUGACAGUCAUACGCCAAAAAUAUCAGUUAUUUUUAUUCAUGGUAUUUUCUAGGAAGUAUUCAACAUAUGAAGCAAUAUAGUUUACAUUAAAACAAAAGGCUUAUUAUUA